AUCAAAUCUCAUCUCAUAAAUUUCAAUGGUCAGAAUAGGGCCACGUUUUCAUUCCUAAACCAUUCAAUUCUUCCAUACAAAUCACCCAUCCCAAGCAAAUCCAAAACCCACUACUCUCCCUCCAUUACCUUCCCCUAACAGACUUCAAUUUCUUGAAGGGUACCCCCAAAAGAUUGGAGGUAAAAAAAAAUGGGGUCAAGGGCACUGCCCUUAACGCCACCACAGAAGGUCCUACACCACCCCAGCAUAGGGUCUGCAAAAAACCUGUCAAGAUUGUUCUGUAACAGUGUCCACAGCACAGAUCUCAGCAAGAAGAAGUCUUGUUUGGCAGUUUCAGCCAAGAAAGAGGAUAAUGCUGAUGAUGAAUCCAUGAAGAAGAAAGAAUCUUUUUUCAGUAAUUUGAUUGAAGCUUUGGAUUUUUCCCAGAUUAGAUCAGAUAAAGAUGGGGAGCUUCUUGAAGAGGCUAAGGAGGCCACUCAAUCUGGUGGGAGAAUGUCCAGACAACAGUAUGGAGCUCUGAGAAGGAAGAUUGGAGGCACUUACAAAGAUUUCUUCAAGUCAUAUGUUGAUGUGGAUGGGGAGUAUGUGGAAGAGGGGUGGGUUGACAAAACAUGCAAAAUCUGCAAGAAGAACACUGAGGGAGAAGAAAGACAAGUUGACAAACUUGGAAGAUAUGCCCAUGUUGCUUGUGUACAAAACAAACCCAAUUCUGGAAACUUCUUCACCAAACUGUUCUCAUGAGUCCCAUGAUCUACACAAACCAAAAUCAAGGCUAGCAUUGCAU